AUGUUGGAAACAGAUACCAAAGACGAGUUCAUUUUCAAAGAGGUCCAAGAAUUUUUCGAGGAGAAACAGACCCCGCAGACCAAUAUAGUUGCCUGUGCAAUAAAUGGGGCACCGUCGAUGACAGAUCUUUUCACAAAGUUCAACCAGGUCAACUUGCAGCUGCAGGGGGAUGACACCAACCUGAUCAAGGCAAAAUCCAUGCUUUCGUCAUUCUUGUCGAAAUUGGAAAUGUUCCACCGAAACAUUGGCAGAAGAGAAUUUGCUCAGUUUCCUAGCUUGACGGAGACAUUGCAAGAAGGGCGGGUUUCUGACGAGGAACUAGAAAUAUAUACCAACCACCUCAGAGAUUUGCAUGCUGAUAUAAAGACAAUGUUUACUGAUAUCUUUUAA